AUAAACUAACGAUGCGUUUAAUACUAAACAAUUUUUCAGCGUAUUAACAGAGUAGUUUUGUACUGGAUUGACAAAUAUGUGACAGAAUUACGUGUUUAAAUUUUACAGAAUUGGAUAUGUUAAAAACACAGAAAAUGUUUAAACAUUUUCUUGUUAGUUUUAUGUUCCUCUUGAACAUAAUAACAAUAAAAGCCCAAUGGUCUUUGCCUGAAUCAGCAGAGGGCUUAAACACAUUUCCUGCGCAGCCUAUAGCUUGUGCCAGUGCCUUGGACGUAACAGCAGUCCCGUCUACAUGUAAUGGGUGUUUUGGAGCAUUACCUGUCGGUGGUGGUACCUAUAAUUUGUUUUACGCACCAAGGAAUAAUUUACGAUUAGAUUUUGAUAAAUCUAGAAAUUAUCAGAUCACAGCGACAUGUCGCGAUACUGGAACCGCAGUGGUCAUCAGUCUCGCAGUAAUUCCAAAUUUCCCGCCACGAUUUCAAGACGCAAGAACACGUCACACUAUUACAACAUUUACCCAAACUAAUGGUGAAGUUCUUGAUCUGAAACCAAUGGACCCAGAGAGUGACACACUAACAUUUACCAUUACAGAACGACCAGAUAAUGGAUUCUUCUCUAUUGAUAACAAUGGUGUGAUAACAGCCAAGAAAAAUAUGAAUACAUUUUGUGAACCCGAGGAUGUAACUGUUACUAUGUCCGAUCCUUACAACCCAGCAGUUACAAGAACUAUAACAAUGGAUCCAGGCUCUAAUGUUAAACGUGUGCUUACGGACUGGAAUAGAAGCAUAGUAUUACCAGAGAACAGUCUUGUAGAAUUACCCAUAACAGAUGGUCUGGCAGCAGGGGGUACAUGUGUCGUGACUAUAGAUCCGGCUAGAUAUCUAGAACGUCUAGAUACUACCACACAUUGCCCCACUGGUUCUCCGACCAGGAUAGUAACGAGAACAGGUGAAACAUUUGAUUUUGAGAAUGAUCCACCUGUUAAUAUAUCCUUAGUGUUUGACAAUGGUAAUUGUCCUUCUGAACCAAGGUGGAUAUACGUCCAAUGGAGUGAUGUCCCAGAGAAACCUGUGUUAGAGCUAGACAAAAAGGAGUAUACUACAGACGAAGGAUGGGUCCAAGUUCAGCCGGAAUAUAAAAUAAAAGACGAUGAUUUUAAUGAGAAACAUACCUACUCGUUUGUUGAUGAUAGAUUACAGCCCGACUUCCGGAUUGAACCCGCUACAGGAAAGAUAUUCACCCCAGAAUACUUUAAUUUUGAAUGUAUUCCAGAUAAGGAUGUGUUUGAUUUCGAGGUACGAGUUACAGACAAGGACGGGAACAUGUCAAAUGUUGUUCCAGUCACCAUCAAACUAAAUGAUAUAAAUGACAAGAGACCUUAUCAUGAACCAUUUUCAAGAACGUACACCUUCACAGAUUGCGCACAACCUAUCAGACUUGCUACUUUGCGCUCUAUAGAUGACGACUGUAGAAAGGACACGAAUGGCAAAACAGAAUUUAUUCCUUCCAAAACUAGCAGUUUAACAUUGAACGCGCAAGGUGAACUUGAUCUUGUUCAAGCUCCUGUGGCAGGUCAAACAGAGGUUUUAACUGUCCAGUCGACCGAUAGAGGAGAGCCACCAUUAGUAAGCGAGACAGAAACCAUAACUCUUCGCGGAGUUCCUUGUCCAACAACAGCUCCUCCAAUUGUAGUGACCAAUCUAAUCCCACUACCUCCAGCUACAACUGCAGGAGCAUUCGCCGGCGCGACAGCAACUGCUACCAGUUUUUUUGACAAUCCGUGGAAUGUUGUAGGUGCGAUUCUAGGUGGCCUUCUUGGACUAGCAUUACUUGGGCUGCUGGGUUAUCUAUUGUAUAGAUUUUGCGGACCAUGUUGUAGCAACCUCUGCUAUAGAUACAGAAAUCCUCCUCUGAAAUCUAAUCAGAUCAAACCCAGUAAGCUGAGUGGUGAUACUGGUGGACCAGGAGCCAACAAGGGCGGCGAAGGUGGAGUGGUCGAAGAAGAUGCCGGAUUCGGUGAAGGCAAGAAGGCCAAAAUGAUCGGAGGAUAUCGUAUCAAGUAUGGCGGCUUUGUUGAAGAACACGCUGCUUUUAGUGAAUCGGGAUAUGGCGGCGGCGGUGGUGGGUAUGGGUAUGGUUCGGGGGGUGGAGGAGGGGGAUAUGGGUAUGGUUCAGCGGGAGGUGGAGAUUAUGGUUAUGGGGGCGGUGAAGGAGUAAUUGUUGGAGAUGGGGAUGCGAAAGUGGAUGACUACUGGAAAGAACAUUAUAUGGAUAAAGAUUUAGGGACCACACCCAGUAGAAAGUCGUUACCAGCAACUGUGGAUAAAGCUUAGAUGUUACUUAGUGCCAACAUGUUUUACAAAUUAAUAAUUAUAAAAAGUUACAGACCUAUUGUCCUUACUGUAGAUUUAUAUAUCGCAGUUAAAAUAUUUAAGACGGUGUAUACAUCCUAUAUAUUUCUUAUUAUUUAAAGACGAAUGGUUUCUUUAAGUUUAAAAAACAUCCCCAAUAACUGUGAUAUACUAUACUUGCUAAGGAAUGUAUUUCUAACACAAGGAACGUUAUUACGUAUGGAAUUUCAUGUGAUACAAGAAGACCACCGAUUUAAAUUCAUUUGGUUUCCAUGCUUUUUGAGUUACAUUAUCGUUAUCCACUAUAGAACCAAAGUAUCAGCUUUAAAAUGAAUUAUAAUGUCGGUCGUAUCAUACCAUAAUAUUUUGAAAGACUCUAUCUACUAGUAUCUUGGGGGUGGGGUGGGGGAAUAGAAAGACCAAUCUUCAACCCGUGUAUUUAAAAUAAUAACACGUCUUAAAUAAAAGUAACCAAGUCAAUUAUUUAAUACAAAUCUGUCAAUUAGAAGUCCAAAAAUAGCCCCACCCACACCUACCUUUCCAGAGAGUGUUUUGGUGGUCAUGUAGUUGGGGAAAGAACCAAAAACUAUUCCACUUCAAUUCCAAUUCCUGGAUUCACGCCUGUGUCCUAUAGUUGAUAUUAUCUUGACUGAAUGUUUGUCCAUUAAUGAGUUUGUGCAUUAUUAAUGUUUGUCCAUUGUUAACGUUUAUCCAUAAAUAGAGUUUGUCCAUUAGUAGUGUUUGUCUGUUAUCAAUGUGUGUUCAUUAAUAGUGUUUGUCCAUUAUUAAUGUUAGUUCAUUAAUAGUGUGUGGGCUUUUCUGAUGUUACCAACGUUAAAAUGGGACUAUAAUAGAUUCAAAAACGUAUGAUCCACAGCCAAACAAAAAAUAUAUUCGAUCGGUGUAUGUUGUAAAAAAAAUAAACAUUAAACUUUGGUUGAUCAGGUUCAGAUUGAAGGGAGUUAAAAAUUAUUGCAGUCUACCUCUAUUGUAAAUUUACUUUUUUAUCUUGUAUAUGAUAUGCUAAGAGUGUACAAGUUAUAUAGUCCGAUAGUUGCUCCAAUAAACCGAAGGUCCGAUAGUCAAACGAUUCGAUAAUCGAAUACAAAUAUUGUGAACAAACCACAAAUCGUUAUAGGCCUAUAUAAGUUAUUUCAGACAUAUAACAACGCCUGGCGGUGGAAUAUUAUAUUCAGUCGAUGAACAUUCGUAUUACGCCUACUACAUAAAACGGAAUUUUGUAAUCUUUCAGUCCACAGCAGGACCUUUAAACUAUAAAAACCUCCGUACUGUAGAACCCACUAAUUUGUAUAUUUCCUUAAAUAAAUUAUUUUUAUCUA